ACUGCGAAUAAUGCGAAAACGAAUCCGGUGGUUCUAGCAGUAUCAAAACAUCUCAAAGACCGACACACCCUUCCGUUUUCCGCUGAUAACGAAGGAUUUUGUGUGGAAUUAGCUAAACAGUAUAUUUAUUUUGAUUUUUUUACUCCCGUUUAAUAGUUAUUUUAAGACAUGUGGAAAGCAGCAGCCGGACACACUUCAGGAGCACAGGCUCCAGUUUUACCACAGCAGGAUGAUGAUGACUGGGAAACAGAUCCAGAUUUUGUCAAUGAUGUUACAGAGCAAGAACAGCGAUGGGGUGCAAAGACGAUUGAAGGGUCAGGUCGCACAGGAGGAACCAUUGAUAUGUCAAAGCUCCGAGAGGAGGUGGCUCAAGGAGAUGCCCUGAGAAAGAAAAAAGAAUUGGAAGAUGGACCAAAAGCUGCCUAUGGUUAUGGAGGCAAGUUUGGUGUGCAAGCUGAUCGAAUGGACCAGUCAGCAGUUGGGCAUGAUUAUGUUGCUAAAGUUGAGAAACAUCAGUCCCAAAAAGACUAUGCCACAGGGUUUGGUGGAAAGUACGGGGUUCAAACAGACAGAGUUGAUAAAAGUGCCGCAGGAUGGGAUCACAAAGAAAAGCUGGAGAAACAUACUUCACAGAAAGAUUAUAGUUCUGGUUUUGGUGGUAAAUUUGGUGUUCAGUCAGAUCGGCAAGAUAAGUCAGCUGUUGGCUGGGACCAUGUUGAGACUGUGCAGAAACAUGAAAGCCAGAAAGAUUAUGCUGUUGGGUUUGGUGGCAAGUUUGGUGUCCAGUCGGAUCGGCAAGACCAAUCAGCUGUUGGUUGGGAUCAUCAUGAAGGCCUAAACCAACAUGAAAGUCAAGUAGAUGGCAAAAAGGGCUUUGGAGGAAAGUUUGGAGUUCAAAGUGACAGAGUUGACAGAUCAGCACAUGGUUUUGGAGCUCCUGAGAAAGUGGGCACAUCAUAUGAAAAGUCAAAGCCAGAUAUAGGAUCUUCAAAACCAUCAAACCUGCGCGCUAAAUUUGAAAAUUUAGCCAAACAAGGAGAGGAAGAGUCUAAAAAAAGAGCUGAAGAAGAGAGGCAGAGAAGACUGGCAAGAGAAAAGAGUGAGAAAGAGGCCGCGAAGAAGCAAGAAGAAGAGAGGCUUAAAGCUCUGCGACAGAAAGAUGAGGAGGACGCUGCAAAACUGGCCAAAGCAAAGCAGCCAGCGCCAUCUCAAGCUUCUUCACUUCCAAAGGCCGUUCAGUUACCUGUGAAAGAGGACACACCAGACCUGACAACUGUUCAGCCAAAAUCCCCAGUUACUCUGCAACCAAAAUCUCCUAUUGCUACCCAGCCAAAGUCACCUGUUGUCAUUCAGCCCGAUGUGACUCUGCCAGCUGCUUCUAAAACCGUUUCGCAGCCUCCCCCACAGCCUGCAACCGAACCGGAACCCGAACCUGUAGUAGAACCCCAGCCUGAACCUGAACCCGUAAAGCAGGUUCAGUCUGCAUCUACUGUAACCGCUACCCCAACAGAAGUAGUUGUGGAUGAACAGGACGGACCAGAAGAGACGGGAAUCACAGCUAUUGCAGUUUAUGACUAUCAAGCAGCUGCCGAUGAUGAAAUUUCCUUUGACCCAGAUGAUAUUAUCAGCAAUGUUGAAAUGAUUGAUGAAGGCUGGUGGCGUGGUGUCUGCCAUGGAAAGUUUGGUCUCUUCCCUGCAAAUUAUGUUCAACUACAAGAAUGAAAUCUCUUACCAAGUUUAUUUCCUCAUAAGAGUGCUGGAGAGAGCUCAUACAGGGUACUGGUGUUUCACUCAAAUUUUUUUGUGAUGCAGGAUUUUUUUUCUGUAUCUACUUACAGUAUUUCAUUCAUGAAAUUAUUUUAACUUAAGCUCAAGGCGCAGAAAGCUUAUUUGAGUUAAAGCUUUUUAUUGAUUUUGGAAGUAUUUUUUGUUUUAUAUUUUAUUUUAAAUGGGAUGAUUGAGAGCGGACUAUUGAAACAUUCCUCACACAUUGAUUGUGUUAGUCUGUUUCGUCAGGAUUACUAUUCAUUGGUACUAUAUUUUCAAGUCUUAGAGACUUUAGGGAAGUAUUUUUUGACUGAUUUUCAAUAUCUUUCUUGUACCUUCAUCAGGCCAUAGUUACAACUUUUAAAUAUAAUAUAUCUAUUUAUCUCAUAUUGUCAGUUUUUAUUUUUAAUUUUAUAUUAGUCAAUUAGAGUGGAUAGUGCGACCUAAGAAAGGCAUUUAAUCAGGGGCAGCAAUUUGUGCAUGUCUUGUUGGUGCGGCGUUGUGUUAUUAAUUUACAUUUUGUGCUCCAGAUGUAAAUAAUCAUUGUUAAACCAACCUAAGGUGGGUUCACUUAACAUUUAAUAAAUGUGUUUGUAUUUUCGACCCGAAGGCGGAUUUCGACGUUGUGCAAGAUAUGGGAUUCUAUAUUUGAAUUAAACAGACUAUAUUUUA